CAGGAGAGGACACAACAGCAGAGACAGAGAUGACACGGACAGACAAAGUCAAGCCUUGGCCACCCUGUCACCGGAACUGCAGCCCUGUUGCAAAGGACAUCAAAAGGUGUGCAUGAGAAUAAAUGCUGUGAGAUCUGGGAGAGGGCAGCAGGAAUACUCACUCCUGCAGGGAGACUCACACUGGUCAGUGCAAGGGUCAACAACAACUGUCUACUGCCGGGAAACCAGAACUUUCUUAGCCAACAGAUGAACUGACCACAAUUUACAGUGACCUUUGGAUCAAGGCGUUCAAGGAUCACAAUCAUUUGUUCUUACUGUUGCAUCAGCCCAUCCAUUGAUAACCCCAGAGACUAUACAAUAGAAAGCUGCAGAUUGUCCUUCAUGGCGAGCGUUUGGAUAUCUCAACUGGGAACCAUCUGCAGCUCCAAGACUUUGCUCUUGCUGUUUUCCAUCCUGCUGCUCCAGCAGCCUCUCUGUGGACAGACCAGCCCGAUCUCAAACACCCAUCAGAGGCAUCGCCCUGCUCCGGGGCUGGGAGACGGGCACGGAGGGGUGGUGGAUCCAUCACUGCUGGAGCAGGACAGCAACAUGAGCAUGAAGAGCCUGCUGGAGAGCCUGAAGGAACAAUUCCUGAGGACUUUCAACCUGUCUGGCUUGGGUCCCCCUCCCCUGUCUCCUGGAAGCACUCGAGAAGAUCCACCUGAGUACAUGAUGGAGCUCUACAACCGUUUUGCAAAUGACCGCACUGCCAUGCCGACAGCCAACAUCAUCCGAAGUUUCAAAAAUGAAGAUUCAUCUCCCAGUGUUGUCGGUGUUGGAGGAGUGAGGCGUCACCCACUCCUCUUCAAUGUGUCGGUCCCCCAUCAUGAACACAUCACAGCAGCCGAGCUUCGCCUCUACACCCUUGUCCAAAAUGACCGUCACCUCUAUGAUGGUGUUGACCGCAAGGUCACUAUCUACGAACUGGAAUCGCAUGACAGAGAUGACAACUCGACUGAUGAGAACACCAUGCGAGGUGACGGAUUCAGAGGAGGAGGAGAGCGGACAGAGCUGGUAGAGUUGGCUUCGCGCCAGGUCUAUGGCACCGAUAAUGGCUGGGAGGCCUUUGACCUCACUGCUGCUGUUCAGCGCUGGCGCAAAUCCGACACUAGCACUACACAACGGUUGGAGGUGCACAUCGCCAGCAUGGUUAAUGAAGAUACUGUUCAGGGUAUGACAGAGGACAACAAAGACAAGGAUCCACCUGAGGGAGACAUGAAGAUUGACACCAGCCCUGAGGAAAAACACAAACCUCUGCUGAUUGUUUUCUCUGAUGACCAAAGCAGUGAUCACCGUGAUGACAAGCGCGAGCUGAAUGAGAUGAUUGACCAUGAAACCUCAAACAUGCUUCCCCAAAACGACUUGGGGACAGGCCUGAAUGGGCUGUGGGGUGAGAUGGGGCAGGACAGGUAUGAGGGUGAUGAAGAAACUGAGCCAGAUGAAGAGGACCUCCUCCAAAUGCGCUCCAAUCUGAUCUACGAUACAGCAUCCCGCAUUCGUCGCAAUGCCAAGGGCAAUCACUGCAAGAAACAAUCACUGUAUGUAGAGUUCAAAGAUAUUGGAUGGGACAGUUGGAUCCUUGCGCCCACUGGCUAUGAUGCCUUUGAGUGCGCUGGCAUUUGCUCCUUUCCAUUGACAAAGCAUGUCACACCCACCAAGCAUGCCAUUGUCCAGACGUUGGUCAACAUCAACAGUCCUCAAAAGGCGGCGCGGGCUUGUUGCGUGCCUACCAAGCUGGACCCCAUCUCCCUGCUGUACCUGGAUGACACAGGAGUGGUCACCUACAAGUACAAGUUCGAGGGCAUGGUGGUAGCUGAGUGUGGCUGCAGAUAGUCCAUGCUUUGAGAGAGUUCAACUCUUUGCAGCGUCUUACAGUAUGAGGAAAGACAGAACUGUGAUAAGCGAAACUGGAGGUAAACCAAAACUGUCUUCAUCAAAAGGACAAUUGUUGGAAUCUCUGUUACUCAAUGAGAUUGGAACUGGUUUAAACAAAUGAGCGUGGACAUAUGUAUGUUUUACACUGCAAAACAGAAGCAAGUGCUUCAUAUCACUUGGCCAAGGGCAUGAAUACCAGUUGCCAUAAGUUUGUGCCACAGAUCUUCAGUCAACUGUUGCCAGCAGUGACGCUGAGGUGUGUCCUCAUACUCACAAGAGCACAAAGGCACAUGAGUUCCCAAAGGACCAAACCCAGCACAUCCCACUGUGUGUGCGGCCUGGUGGGAACUAGUGGGUCAGUUGUCCCCCUCCUUCUCCCUCCCCCUGACAUCUGUCUUCCUCUUUACUUAUCUCUUGCCUCCCCACUUGAUGCAAACACUAAUCAGCACUUCAUGUGUCCUGGCGCAGUGAAGUGACCUCCCUGAGGCAACCUGACAAGACAUGAACUCUCCAGGCUCACCUCCUGCCUCCUGCAGCCUCCUGAUACGUAGGCGCUAUGCAGAGGUCCUAGUGGCAGGGUUAUCUAUCCCAACCCUGUUUCCCACUUCACAUGCCUCUUUUCCACUCCCUCAAGCUACAGCGAUAGCAAGGUGUGGGGGACUGAGAAACAUGUAUACCACCACUCAGGACGCCAUUCUGGGCAACAUUUGAGGUGGUCGAAUGGGGGAGUGGGACAGGACAAGGGGGCAGGGGUUGUCCACAUUCCUCGGCAACAAACAAUCUUAACUCAUGGCUCACGGCUCUCUGACCUAUCAACGCAUGCCCCAAACAUAUCUCAAAGUUAUGCCAUGUAUUCAAUUUGUGAAUAUGAAAACAUGCCUUUUUAGGCCGAAACCAAGUAUGGAAAAUGGGACACCGUGUUGCAUUCCCUUUAUUGAUACUUAAAGGAAGUACAGUUAGAGAAAUAUGUUUCUUUUGUUAAAAGCCUUUUGAUACCUCUGCUGCUUGUGUCAAAGUAAAGACUAUUUAUUGUUCUAAUUUAUUAAUUUUUACAACAGAGUAGAUGACUAUUAUGUACAUUUGUAAGUUGCUUAGUGUAGAGAGGGUUUUGUAUCCAUGACAAUGCAUUUGCAGCACAAAAGUAAUUUUGUUGGGGAGAGAAAUGGUAACAGGU